AUGACAGAUAAACUCAUUGCACGACAAUUGUUCUACAUGAAUCCUGGAUGCGUUUGUUUAGUGCCUACUGGGGUGAUACGGUGUGAUGAUUCCGUCACAGCCUUGUCACAUUUCAACCUGCAUCGAGAUUUUGAUGUGACAGUUCUGCGAUAUUGUGAAAAUCUACAUGGACGAUGGAACCUACAAGAGAUCCGAGCAGUUUUCCUGCGACGUCAUCUGCUACAAAACAUUGCCCUGGAACUGUUUCUUGCUACGAGAACUGCCAUCAUGUUCGCAUUCCCUGAUCAAGAUACCGUACGAAAUGUGGUAUAUCAGUUACCACGAGUUGGAGUCGGAGUGAAAUAUGGCUUGCCCCAAAGUCGAAAAACUAGCCUGAUGACUCCUAGACAGCUGUUCAAACAUUCAGAUAUGUGUUUGAAGUGGCAAAAGCGAGAAAUAUCGAAUUUCGACUAUUUGAUGUUUUUGAAUACGGUAGCCGGACGAACAUUUAAUGAUCUGAAUCAGUACCCUGUUUUCCCAUGGAUUUUGACCAACUACACUUCGGAAACGCUUGAUUUGAAUGUCGCAGCGAACUUCAGGGAUUUAUCCAAGCCUAUCGGCGCAUUAUCGGAGUCUCGGCGUAAGUUCUUCCAAGAGCGAUACACAUCAUGGGAUGACGAAACGAUACCAGCAUUUCAUUAUGGAACUCAUUACUCAACACAAGCAUUUACAUUGAAUUGGUUGAUGAGAGUGGAACCCUUCACUACCAUGUUUUUGGAUAUGCAGAAUGGUCGGUUUGAUCAUCCUGACCGAGUAUUCCACAGCAUCGCUGAGACAUGGGAACGAUGUCAAAAGGAUUCGCAUGAUGUCAAGGAACUCGUACCUGAACUGUACUAUCUGCCAGAAUUGAUGCGAAAUGAUAAUGGUUUUGAGCUGGGAACGAGAUCUGAUGGAUCGAAGAUUGGAGAUGUCGUCUUACCCAAAUGGGCAUCUUCACCCGAAGAAUUUGUUCUAUUACAUCGACAAGCACUAGAGAGUGAUCUUGUCAGUUGCCAGCUAAAUCAGUGGAUUGACCUCAUUUUUGGCUACAAGCAAAAGGGUCCAGAGGCGGUUCGAGCCACCAACGUCUUCUACUACCUCACCUAUGAAGGAGCUGUUUGCCUCAAAUCUAUAGAAAAUGCUGCACAACUGGAAGCCGUUCAACAGCAAAUUCAGUCAUUUGGACAAACUCCAGUGCAACUACUGGCCGAAGCUCAUCCGCCAAGACAUUCAGUGAUGACUAUGGCUCCGCUGAUGUUCCGGCGUUGUGAAGAUGACUUGUGCAUGUUGAUGAAGUUCAUUUCCAACAGUCCUGUCGUGUUCCUGGCCGCCAAUACAUUCCAGCAACUGCCGCAACCAACGGUAGUAUCAGUUGCGCAGAACCUUGUAUUUGCGUUGAAUCGCUGGGAUAACUCGUACACAUAUGGAGCUAGCACGCGAAGCGCACUGAAUUUGGGAAAUGAGAAAGCAGGAGAAUCCGACAACGCAUCCACUGAACUACCUCUGACCGUUGAUCCUUUGCUAGCAUCUGGUAACCCAUCUGUACCAGUUGCCCGGCGUCACAUGGGUGACUCGCUGGAUCACAGGCUGACAGUCAGAUGGAACAAUUUUGUAACCACCACGGACAGUAGAUGCUUGAUAACAUGUGGCUACCCAGAUUACAGUUUUCGAGUGAUCGACACGGAUUCAGCACGGGUUCGGCAAGUUAUCUAUGGUCAUGGCGAUGUCGUAACAUGCAUCGCGAGAUCGGAAACGAGCCUCUUUGCUGAUUGUUAUGUAGUUACGGGCAGCAAUGAUUGUACGGUAGCGCUGUGGCAUUGGAAUGGGCAGCAAUGCUUCGUUGCUGGUGAGUACAACGUUCCUGGAGAAACACCAUCACCCAGAGCAAUAUUAACGGGACAUGAAGCUGCCAUUUCUGCUCUUGCCGUGUCUGCUGAACAUGGACUAGUGCUGAGCGGAUGUGAAGACGGCACGAUCCUCAUGCACACUACUGCUGGUGAGAUGCUGCGGCGUUGGAAUGGUAAACAACGGGUGUCACAAUUGCUCAUGAGCAGGGAAUGUGUCGUGAUGGCCAUUUAUGGACACCAUCGCUUCAUCACGCUCACUACGACGGCGAAUCAGCUGGAUGAAGCUGCGACUGAUGAGAAGAUCGAAUGCGCAUGUUUGACUAGAGAUGGUGAUUAUGUCAUCACUGGAUCAGAAAGUGGCCGCUGUGCGGUUUGGAGGCUUUUCCCAUUGCAAAAACUGUAUACGUUUCAGCAAGUGGACAGCGCGAUACGGUCAGUGGCAGUAUCGGCAAAUCAUCGAUUUGUUCUUGCUGGACUCGAUUCCGGAUCAAUCGUGGUAUUCAACGUCGAUUUUAAUCGAUGGCAUUAUGAGUACAAGACACGAUACCAGGUUCAAAAAUAGGCUUUCAUUUAAACUUUCCCUAGAGUUAGUGAUUCCACAGUACCCCCAAAAUGUGAUUAUUUAUGUGAAUCUAUCAUUUGUCAUCAAAAUUGUGAUGUUAGCCACAUCGAGUCUGCUCAUCGACAUGUCCUUUUAUUUCAAAUUUCCACCGAGAUGUCGAUUGUUCAUACUUUCAAUUGUUAUUAUUUAUUUCUCAUUUUCUGUUUUCAUGCUCUACAGAGAAUGCGGAUGUUUUACGUUCUCCAUGUUUUAUUUGGAGUUAUUCUUUGGAAAAGCAGCUACAAAUAUUUUCAAAUGUGAUUUUUGGUUGUCGCAUAAGGUACAAGCGGUUUUUCCGACUGUUCUUUUCUUCUUUUGUAAAUGGUUGUGCAUGUUACUUAAUGAUGUUUUCGUACCUGAAUUUGUUCAAAAGAACCAGAGUAUAGAUUAACUGUUUUACCAAAAUGAACGAUGGUCUGAAAUUGUAGCGAUAAUAAUUUAUUUGGCCUUAUAUCGAUUAUCAUCUCUAUCAUUGUUAACAGAUCAAUUUGUGUUUUCUUCAGAAAUUAUAAAGUUUUAUCAGG